AUGCGCGGAAAGCUUGUAUCUUUAAAAGUGGAUUCUGCGGUGCGCUACAGCCGACAUGUGCUAGGUGUAAACGCACAAUACGAACUGGAUGGACGCAUGGUGUGUCGUACUCUGGCAAUGCUCGAGGUUCACGAAAGCCAGACCGCCAAGUUUUUAAAGAAUAGAAUCCUUGACGUCCUGAAGAGGUAUCAUCUUCCGUUGGAGCAAAUAUUUUCCAUUACCACCGACAAUGGCGCGAACAUGCUGGCAGCUGCCAAAAAAUUGCAACAGGAGUUCGCAAUGCUGCAAUCACAGGUGGAACAUGGAACGACCGACGAUGAAGAUGAUACUGCAGAAGACAAUUUCAUCGAAGCCUUAAUGGCAGAGCUUACCGAACAGUUCAACAUUAUCCGUUGCGCUAUUCGCACUCUGGGACUUGCCCUGAAUGAUGUCAUUACAAUCCAAAAAGGUGAAAUACAAUCCUAUUUUUGA